GCCUGUGCAACCGGAACGUUCGGGAAGAUUCCUGAAGCAGUACCGGCGGCUUCCGGAAGCUAGCUGCGGCCUGAACAGUAGUGCCGGUGAUUGCCGUAGUGAUUCACUUCUAGUCCUGGGUGGUGUGUGUUUCGCCGGGAAAGCGGAAUGGCGCUCCUGUGUUACAACCGCGGCUGUGGCCAGCGUUUCGACCCCGAGGCCAAUUCGGAUGAUGCUUGCACAUACCACCCAGGCGUUCCUGUCUUUCAUGAUGCCCUAAAGGGUUGGUCUUGCUGUAAGAGAAGAACAACGGAUUUUUCUGACUUCUUAAGUAUUGUAGGCUGUACAAAAGGUAGGCAUAAUAGUGAGAAGCCACCGGAACCAGUCAAGCCCGAAGUCAAGACUACUGAGAAGAAGGAACUAUCUGAAUUAAAACCCAAAUUUCAGGAGCACAUCAUUCAAGCCCCUAAACCAGUAGAAGCAAUAAAAAGGCCAAGCCCAGAUGAGCCAAUGACAAACUUGGAAUUAAAAAUAUCUGCUUCCCUAAAACAAGCACUUGAUAAACUUAAACUGUCAUCUGGGAAUGAAGAAGAUAAAAAAGAAGAAGACAGUGAUGAAAUUAAGAUUGGGACUUCUUGUAAAAAUGGAGGGUGUUCAAAGACAUACCAAGGUCUACAGAGUCUAGAAGAAGUUUGUGUAUAUCAUUCUGGAGUACCCAUUUUCCACGAGGGGAUGAAAUAUUGGAGCUGCUGUAGAAGAAAAACUUCAGAUUUUAAUACAUUCUUAGCCCAAGAGGGAUGUACAAGAGGGAAACAUGUAUGGACUAAAAAAGAUGCAGGGAAAAAAGUUGUUCCAUGUAGACACGACUGGCAUCAGACUGGGGGUGAAGUUACCAUCUCAGUGUAUGCUAAAAAUUCUCUGCCAGAACUCAGUCAAGUAGAAGCAAAUAGUACAUUGUUAAAUGUACACAUUGUAUUUGAAGGAGAGAAAGAAUUUCAUCAAAAUGUGAAACUAUGGGGUGUGAUUGAUGUUAAACGAAGUUACGUAACUAUGACUGCAACGAAGAUUGAGAUCACUAUGAGAAAGGCAGAGCCCAUGCAGUGGGCAAGUCUUGAGCUACCUACAACCAAAAAGCAGGAGAAACAAAAAGAUAUAGCUGAUUGAUUAGAAGAGAAACAGAAACCUUGUCUAACUUAGAGUUCUUAAUGUGUGUGGUGAUGUAGUUGCUUGCUGCUGCAAUCGUUUUGUUGUUUUUAAUCUGCCAUUUUAGGGUUAUCAUGAGGUUCUUCAAAGCCAAAGUCUGUUAAAUUUUCGUGCCUCUAUCUUCUUUUGAGUUGCAUAAUAUGAUUAUUCAAGUCUCUUCACUAGAACUAUAGUUGUUGCCCUUACACUUGAAGGGAGGGAAAGGACCCAUAAGUAUAACUGCAGUACAGUAUAUUUUGGUAUAAAUUAUUACGAACAGGAAAUGAAAGAGGAUUUUUUUUUUUUUUAAAAAAAAUUCUGAUAGCUCCUUUUUCCCUUAAAUGGGAAAGCAAAGUGGUAUAUAAAAAAAAAUAGGAUUGGCCUUUCCAUGAACAUUCGUUACUAUAAUUCUUGAAAAUUUUUAAGGAAAAGACUUUUCUUUGUUUUUCCCUAUACAGUGGUUACUUUUUAUAGUACUACUUCUGAAGCAGUGGAGUCAAAAUGUGUGUGCUGGCUAAGUUUAUAAUUUGUUUGCAGUUAAAUUAAUUUCAGAAAGUUGCAUCAAUACUUGCAUUACCUGGCAAGCAGUAUAAUUUAAGUCUAUAGAUAAUAAACUAAGAUUAUAGAAUUAUCAAUUUGGUUAAAAUUCAUAAGAGUAAGCAAUAAUGUUAAAAUCUCUUUCCUGAUUAUUUAAAGUACUCUUUAUGGUAUUUUGACUAAAUUGUAUCUGAUUUGUAGUCUAAACACUCUUAUGAAUUAUAUCUGUCUCCCUGAUGAAAAACUGUAUUUAAAUUGUGAAUGUGUAGCUUUGUUGAAAUAUAUUAAGGUGUGUGUUGAGGCUUGAAUCUGAAAUGUAUCUGGAGGCUUCUUUUGAGCUGUUGGUCUUUCAACUUAAGGCUCUAUUUUGAAGGCUGUGAAACCUUAAGGAUAUCGAUGGGUGAGGAUUAUAUACUCCUGCUGGUCUUAUCCCGUCAGGAUGUAUGAAUCACCUCUGUCCCAUACUUCCACUGCUGCCUCCUCAGCCAUUAUAGAUUGUAUCCUCUGGAACCGUGAGCCAAAAUAAUAAACCUUACCUCCCUUGAGUUGUUUCUGUCAUGUGCUUUGGUCAAGACAAGAAAAGUAAUAUACUACAGAAAAAUUAUAGACUGUAUUUUAGAUCAGCUGAAUGUUAUGUUAAGUUACUAUAGUAUAAUUCUUUGGAGUUAUUUUAAGGGUUUCAUGAAGAGUUUUACACAUAUAAUGGUUAUAUGUUCUACUUUAUUUUCAUUAAUUGUAGAUGACACAGAUAAACUUAGAUUGAAAUAAAAGUUGAAGGUCUUUAUUUGCCACA